AUGAAUGAUGAGAUGCAUAUUCUUGAGAGAAACAAUACAUGGGAGCUUGUACCUCUCCCUAAGAAUAAACAGACAGUUAACAGUAAAUGGAUUUAUUCUAUCAAUGUUAAUGCUGAUGAAUCAGUUGAAAGGUACAAGACCAGGCUCGUAGCUAAAAGAUAUACACAAGUUUAUCAAAUUGACUACCAUGAAAUUUUUUCUCCUGUGGCAAAAAUGAACACAAUCAAAAUUAUUUUGUCAUUAACUGUUAUUUUUAGUUGA